GAGGUCAAACCAAAAGAGAGCAGAAGCCUCUUCUCAGUCACCCUAAGAAUGCUGGCCUCCCUCGUCCUCCUCCUGGGGCUGCCGCUCGCCCUCGCCGACGAGGCCCCCAGCUGCGCCCCGCUCGUCCCAGUCACCUUCGACAAUUCCACCAUCCCUCAGAUCCUGGGACUGUGGAUCUACAUCAGCGGUGCCUCCAAGUACCCACCUCACCUGGAAGAGCUGAAGACAUUGAAAUAUGCGGCUUUUAUCAUCUCUCACAGCAACCACGAGGAUGAGCUCAACGUCACCGAAAUCAUGAGAGUGAAUGAAACGUGCGUGGUGAAGAACAACAGCAAGAUCCAGGUCAUCUUGCACAAUUCCACCCUGGUUCACGUCGAUGACCAGGUCAGUAGCAUGGCCAAAGUGAUCCAAAGCGACAAGGACGUGCUGAUCCUGAAUAUACUCCAUGACAAGUACUCAGGUCUGAGCAUCUCAGCACGGACACCCAAUGUGAGCAAGGAGCAGAUGGAGGAGAUCAGAGCGCAAAUGCACUGCCUGGGCUUCACUGAGGAAGAGAUGUUCUUCACCUCCGAAAAGGAGGCUUGUCCCCUGCCUGGGGAGAAGACAGAAGAAGGUGACACAGAGAAGCAGCAGCUGGAAUAACCCCCAUGGGCCGUAUCAGCAGCUCCAUCCCCAUCCUCAUCCAGCAUCUCCAUGAGGACACCUCUGCCUGUUGACCCCGGUUGGACUCAGCUCAGCCUCAGGACUUUAUAUUGAGGUUUCAUUUUUCCCUCCUGGACCAAACACCCAGUUUCUGUGCUCUCACCAGAAUCCAAAAAUAAACUCCGGUAUUAAAACCUCCUGCCACGUGUUUGCUGGGAGAGCGAGCACGACCCCCUCCUGCCUGCCCUGCCUGCAAUGCCACAUCUCCAAACCUGCUGAGGAGCAUGAAAAGCCCAGGAAAAAGAAAA